AUGGGCCGACGAGCAAAGUACUUUACAUUAGACAAGAAAGCGGAUGCCUCACAACGACACAGAGAAUCAUAUUCUCAGUCACAACGAGGUAAAAUGAUGAGGCAAGCUCAGAAUGCUUGUGCCUACGCCAAGUGUAAUGGUCGACGUGGACCUCGUACAUUCAAGAUCCAGUCUGAAGCACCUCUGACAUCCUCCUUGUUUCAAUUUGCGGCUCUCCCCCUGCCCCAUUCUUAUCUCUUUCACCAAUCUCUUGCUGGUUCAAACUUGAUCGACGAAUCUGACCUCUUGCAAUGGGACAAAUCACCUCCUUACGAUUUCCCCGAUCCACCUGACUCACCAGAGGAAGAGCGUUUUACUCGUAAUCUUGUCGAUGUGAUGCAUGGACAACAUUUGCGGGUUGAAAGGGAAUCUUGCGCACACCGCACAGCCAUGUAUAAUAUGGGAGAGAGUGACAGGGUUCUUGAGGAGAUUCGAGAGGUGCAGAAGAGUUUGAUUUCACGCUGGGAUGAGCUUCAUACUUGUGUCUCCCACUUUCAAGCAUGUGCAAGACAUAAGAUCAUGGCUGAAUGCUACCGCCAGUGGGUAGCACGAAGGAUCGUGAAUUAUCAAACGGAGAAGGACUUGCUAAUUGCUGGGAAGAAUCCAUAUGUCUAG